GACCGCAGGGCCCUCCCCAGGUGCUCCCCUCUCUGCCCUGCACUUCCCCUCUGCAUCCCCUGCUGAACAUCCCAACCCUCCCACCUCCCUUUCCCACCCCACCAUUUCCACCACCCUCCUCUCCUGCACAUCUGAUUUCUCUCCACUGAAUCCUUCCCAUUGCAGGGUCCUGCUGAGGCGUGUGGUCCAUCCCUGGAACCUCCAACCACUGACCCCCAUCCGCUCUGACCACAGCCAGGGGCCACAUCCCACUGCCUGCCCAGUGUUCAUCCAUGGACAUGAGCACUGUGUCUUUAUCUCCCACCUCACCCACAGGAGGAGAUAAUCUCUGUGAGAUUGAUGUCACCAACGUGGCCAGUUGUGACACCAACGUAGACAGUGUGACACUGCUCAUCUGCAUCUGUGGGCUGGCUGGGAAUGGAGCUGUCAUCAGCCUCCUUAACAUUGGCUUCACCACUGACUUCAUCUUCAAUCUGGCUGUCACCAUCUUCCUCUUUCUCCUCCUCAUGCUCCCAUCCACAUUACUCCUUCUUGUAGAGGAUGUGUCCUGCUCCGCUACUUCUUCAAGUGGAGCUUUGAAAAAAUCACUUCCUUUGCAUAAAACAAACAAACAAACAAAAACCAAACAAAAAAGUCCCACAACCAAACCAAUGGAAGUGAAACUCUGUGCCUCGCAUCUCCAUGUGCAGCUUCCACCUCCUCCUCUUUGCUCCCUUAUGCUCAUUUACAGUGUAUUCUUCUGCAUUCAGGGCACUUGUUGUUCAGAGAAGGGCAAGCCCAAAAAGCUCCACAUUGUUAACUUCAUCUCUCUCCUCAUCAUUCUCCCCCUCAGCCUCUGGAAUUUCCUGCAGCAGCUCAGCUACACCAUUCUGCCCUCCCAGGCUGAUUUCCUGCUUGCCCACAUCAACAGCACCAUCAACCCUUUCACCUACUUCUUGGUAGAGACAUGCUGGAAGAACUGCUCCAUGGGGUCGCUCAGGGAAUCUCUCCAGAGGGUCUUUGGGGGGCCAGAAGAAAACACUGCCCACAGCAAUGAAGCCACCAGGGACACAGCAGUCUGAGCCCGUUGAUCCCUUCCACUGCACUGAUGAGGCACCACGGGACAGAGGCUGAGGGAUUCAUUGAGUCACCUGAUCAACAAACAUCCACCAGAUCGCCCUCCCCACUUUAUUCCUGCAGGAGAAGGGAGCAGGGGCACUGCCAAGGGCCAUGUGGGAGGGAUGUUCUGUGGAGAGCACAUUGGGGCAUGGCUUUCCCUCCUCCCUCACACCUCCUAGAGCACUAUUUCCCCAAACGGAUUGUGCCCCACAUGGCUGUGGUACCAAAAUCCCCCUGGCACCUGGUUCCUGCAUCCCACUGUGGUCUGGUAUCAAUAAACAGCUUCGUUAAUGCUGAGCUGCCUUGGCCCCCUCUGCCUGCACUUCCCAGCUUUUUCUGGCUCCUGCUGCCAGCCAGGAAUGUGGCUGGAGGGAGGGGACACGGCCAUGGCUUGUGCUCCCUGGAGCAACCACGAUCCUGAGUGCCCAGAGCUGGGCUGGCACCGGCACAGUCAGCAUGGACAGGAUGGCCCAGGGGCUCAGCAUUCCCCCAUGA